AUGCGAGUGUUAUCAGAGCUCAUCAUUUUCAACAAGAGAGACAAGGUGGACAAGAAAGACAAGAAAGACACCCCGAUAAAAACCUACCAUUCAAGAGAUAAGGAAGACGUGAAAGACGAGAAAGACGAGAAAGGUGAGAAUGGCGCGAAAGGCGAGAAAGGCGCGAAAGGCGAGAAAGGCGAGAAAGGCGAGAAAGGCGAGAAAGACGAGAAAGACGAGAAAGAUGAGAAAGACGAGAAAGACGAGAAAGACGAGAAAGAUGAGAAAGACGAGAAAGACGAGAAAGACGAGAAAGACUAG